AUGGGGCGCGCGCCGUGCUGCGACAAGGCCAGAGUGAAGCGGGGGCCGUGGUCGCCGGAGGAGGACGAGCAGCUGCGGGCCUACGUCCGGGCUAAUGGCUUCGGCGGCAACUGGAUCGCCCUGCCGCACAAAGCAGGGUUGAACCGGUGUGGCAAGAGCUGCCGCCUGCGGUGGCUCAACUACCUGAGGCCGGACAUCAGGCACGGCGGCUACACGGAGCAGGAGGACCGCGUCAUCUGCUCCCUCUACGCCUCCAUUGGCAGCCGCUGGUCCAUCAUCGCCUCCAAGCUCCCCGGCCGCACCGACAACGACGUCAAGAACUACUGGAACACCAAGCUCAAGAAGAAGGCCAUGCCCAUGCGUGGCCCUCACUACCACCACCACGCCGGCCUCGGACUCGAAGCCGGAGCCGGAGCCUUCUCCGCGCCCGCCACGCCGUCAGGUCCUACUCCUGCCCGGUCCUGGAGCCAAUGCGUGCCGUCCACCCUGCAGCCCGCGGCGCUCUCGCCGGCGGCGUCCGGCUCCUCCUCCAUCGACACCAGCUCAUCAGGCGGCGACAUGUGCUUCGCCGCCGCCGGCAUGUACCAGCCGCCGCACCCCAUGCAGGGGUUCGUGCACGUAGACUCGUCGCCCCAGACCGUGCUCGCGCCCAUGCCACUAGACGUCCCCGCCGCCACCGGCAUCUGGGCGCCGUCCAUGCCUGCAGCGAGUGACGUCGGUGGCGUGGCGCUGGAGGACGCGUUCCUCGCCGAUCUCGGCGCCUACGGCGACCUUCUGCUCGGCGGGUUCGGCGGACAGCUGCUGCAGGACAACAAGGCCGCCGCCGCCAUGGAGCUCCCCGGGGCGUGCUACUUCCCCAACAUGGCGGAGAUGUGGGCCGCCGACCACGCCCACGCCAAGCCGCCGCAGGGCCUGUGCAACACGUCCACUUAG